CAGGCACGAGCAGAGCGCUCCUCUCCCUCCGCAGAGCGCCCAGCCUUCGCUGCUGCUGCUGCUGCGCCCCCGCCGCCGCCCGCCUCCCCGAGAGGAGCAGCGGCUCCGCCCGCCAGCCGCCACUCCGGCCCGAGGGCUCAUGUGGAACCGUGAGAUGACUCCUCCCCGCUCUUCACCCACCAUCAGUCCUGCCCAGUAGCCGGGAUGGAACUGGGAGCUGUCCGAGAGGUGGAGCUGCCUCGUCGCUGCUGGAGACCAUGGGACGAUGCGCCCGAAGGAGACCUCCUGUGUUGAGGGAAGCGGCCCCCUGGUCGGCCCGUCCCUUGGCAGCAUGAUGGGAGAAACGCAGCAUGUUUUUGCCACCACCGACACUGAGUCCGGCACCCAAGACAAAGACCUCCGCUUUGAGCAGUUCGGCAAGAAGGACGUGAGUGAGUUUGACGGUGGGGUCCUGGAUGUCCCGGAGCCACGUCCGCACAACGGGACGGAGAACGGGUCCGGCUUCGUCAGCGUCAAGGACAAGGAGCCUCACAGCCAAAGGGAAGCUGUGAUCCGGCCACAGCAAGCGGGCAAAAUCGACUUCAAGUCCCUCCACAACCGAUCCAAGUUCCCCAGCGACAACCCUUGGGGGGCCGUCAAAGGAAGCCCCCAGUCUCCCACUGGAAAGAGCCGGGCGAGGGAGAAGAACAGGCGGUCGGGGAAAGGCGAGCGGGGUCACCAGCAACUCUACCGACUGACCAUCAGCAAUGCCAGGCCCAACCCCACCAUCGGCAUCGCUUACCCCCAGCAGAAGGUCACCCCGCCCAAGAAGGUCGACGUUGGCCGAGGGCCCGUCUCGGGGAGCUACAGGUUCCACGUUCCCAGCAUCCCCGAGAGAGAGGUGGAACUCCAGCAGGAGGACCUGGGCUAUGCCCGCUGCUUCCCGGAGACCAGCUCAAGCCAUAUCUCCAGCAACUAUACCUCACCGGCAGCAACUGCCUGUCCGAACCACGGCGGGAAGCUCCCUGCUCCAGCGGCCGUCCCGCUGGAAAACCCUGGCGCCAACGGGCAGUUGCAUUAUUUGGAGUUCCAGGGGAAUGGGAAUAGCUCGUGGCCUCCGCCAGACAAAAGCCUCCCAGGUGCUAAUCAUGGACUCUCUGCCUCGAAGCCUCCUCCCUUCCCCGAGAGCAGCCAGGCAAGCGCCCACUGUCUGGGUCCUCUCUCGUUUCAGUACCCCUGCCCAGCCUUGCACGGCUCGGCUCCCGACCCUUUCCAGGGUGACGGGAGCGCUCAAGACUACGUAGAUGUCCCGUUGGCUGCGGGGCAAGCUUCUCAUGGUGCUUUCAACUUCCACUCUUCCUCCAGGGACUGGAAAGAAGAAGCCCUGGGCAACAGGUCCUACGACAACCUGGCGCCGGAGGGCAGGAGCUACGGGCUGCCCCCUCCGUUCCUCCCGGCGCAGGCUCAGGGCCACUUGCCUUGCUACAAGGGAAGGGACGGACAUCCCACUGAUCACAACCAUGGUGCUAUCUCCCCUUCUGGUGCUAUAGACCCGACUCCAAGCACUUUCCAAGAAAACCAAGCCCUUUUCCCCCACAGUUUACAUGUCUCUAGUCUGCCAAAGCCUGCCGGUAAGAGGCAGCCCUCCUCCAAAGACAAGGCCGCUAGUCCACGGAUACUGGAUCCAGGCAGCUCUCUGAGGAGGAACAUGCCGCCGAUCUCUCUACCGCCGCCAGUGCACUUUCAGAACCAGGCGUACCGGGAUGCCCCAGGGAGCGGGGCCAGCCCCAGCGCCGAGCCUUUCGAGAAGAGCCUCCCCCCCACGGGCAUUCAGGCCCACCCCCGGCUCCUGCAGCCCUGGGAGGGAGGGAAGAAGCCUUACGCCCCCCUGGAGCCCAGCGCCGCCCCCUUUCCCAUCCCGGUGGGGAACCAGCUCUCGUUUGGGGGCCAUCUGGGGCCAGAGCAGAGGCAGCAGCUCAAGAAGACCUGGCAGCACCUCCACCUCACCUCUGCGAUGCCCGGCCAGAACCGGAUUGAGCUCUCGAGGAAGCUGGCCAGCCAGAAGCUCCCUUUCCCCCUGGGCGCGCUGGAGUGGGACGGAAGCAGCAAGGCGCCCAAGAGCGGUGCCGGCUACCCCAGCAAAGUGCUGCUGAGCGGAGGAGGCGCCGUCAUGCAGAGGCACGAUCCGGCCCCGCAGAGCUCGGCCGACACUUUCUGCUUUGAAGGCGUGAAGGACGCCGAGGCUCCUUCCGGGUGCGGGGCCAGAAGCAAGGCCCUCUUCUUCAGCGUCAGCCCAGCCCUCCCGCUGGGGUCCUCCUCUCGGCUCCCUCCCAACCCGGCCUUGGCGUUGCCGCCCUCCACCUUGGCCCCGUCCCCCAGCGACUCCCCCCUCCCGUCGCCAGCCCCCAACCCCGCCGGCGGCAGCACCUGCUCCUCCCUCUCUCCCAUGUCCAGCAGCCCCACCAGCCAUGGCUUGGAGGACCCGCUGACCCCAUCGCCCCUCUUCCACCCUCCGUGCUGCUCCAAGGAGGGCGGUCGGCCCUUCCACACUCCGGAGCUGCUGAGCUCCGUCCACUACCAGGCAGCCGACCCGGCCAAGGCCUUCCACCUCUCCCCAGAGGCCCCCAAAGAGGAGCUCCUCUACAAGGGCGUGGCCGAGAGCCACUUCCACAAGCUAAGCAUGGACCUCCCCAAGGGGUGCCCGGAGGGCUUUGAGGCCGAGCCGCCUCCUCCGCCUUAUUCUUCCCAUCACCUGCUCGCCAGCUCGCUCAGCAGCGCCAGCCUCGACCAGCUGGAUGUCUUCCUGACCUGCAAGCAAUGUGACCAGAACUUCAGCAACCUCUCCUCGUUCCUUGAGCACCGCCAGUUCUGCAGUUCUCACGCAGCUCUCCUGGGGCAAAGCAAAGACGCUUCCCGGGGAACAGAGUUCCGGAAGCAGCAGCAGCAGCAGCAGCAGCAGCAGCAGCAUCACCCGCCUCCCGAUUCCAACAAGCACACACCAGCUGCCCUGGGAUUGCUGCAGCCGCCAGAUCCUCAUUUGCAGCUGCUUCCUUUGAACAAGACGGUUGACUUCCUGGCUUCCGAUGGAGAGGGCAAAGGAGACGCCAAGGAAGACCCUCUCCGAGUGAGCCAGCUCAGCAGCCUGGCCUCCAACCCUUUGCCACUUAGCGCGUCUGACCUGGAGAUCGAUGACGCCAAGCUAGACAGUCUGAUCACGGAAGCUCUGAAUGGGCUGGGGUACCAGUCGGAUAACCCCGAGAUCGACAGCAGCUUCAUCGACGUCUUUGCUGAUGAAGAGUUGUCCUCGGUGAAGGUCCCCAAUGGUGGGGUGCCUUGCAAGGCAAAAGAGAACGUGGGUUCAGGGAAGAAAACGAAGCACGCGGGGGCAGAAGAGACGGUGAGAAGUGGAAGCUGCUGUGAGGAUCGUCCCAGCGCAGAGGUGGCAAAAAGCAGGACACCAGGGAAACCACCGGGGCACAGAGAGAGGGGGGCAAGUUGGUUUCUGGACCCGGGAGAUGACAGGCUUGGAAAAGAGAGCAGCUCAGAGAUGGCUCGAAACAAGGUCGUGGGCCCAGCAACCUGUGACGAGGCGCCCAAGCACAACAGUGUCCCACUGAAGGUAGAGCAGAAGAGCUGCAGGGGUUCCUUUCCUCCCGCGAAACAGGCGGCCAAAGCUACGGCAGAUACGAAGCAGUCCGCGCGUGUGAACUGCGCUUCUCCUCCCCCUGCAGGGAGCAGACUCAGGCCAGCUCAUGCCCCUGCUGCAGCCGGAGACACCCAGCUCUCUGCGAAAGAUGCCAAGAAGCGGACGCUGUGGAGCGGCACUUGGAGCAAGGAGCUCAUCCACAAGAUCGUCCAGCAGAAGAACCAGCUCCACAAGCUGCACGGCAAGAGCAACAAGGUGGUGCCGCUCGCCUUGCUUGCCGACCGGCUGCUUCCCGAGACGAAGGACGAUCGGUUCGGCGAGUACGAAUACAUCUCUGAAUCGGACGACGAAAGGGUGGCGCGGGCCAAGCGGCACUGCAGGAGGAAGCUCGGCUCGAGGAGGUUCGGCGGGCGGCUGAGAAGCAGCUUGAGCAGGAGGCGGCCAGGAAGAGGGGGCAGGGAGAAGGAGAAGGAGCCGGACUGGAGGUGCAGCCAGCGGAGAGAGAGGGGGGAGCCCCCGAGGGCCCCGUGCAAGGAGCCGGGGAGGAAAGACGACGGUGUGGCCAGAGUGCGGAGGAGGAGCAGCAGGUCUUCCACCAGCAGCUGCCAAAGCACCAGCUUGUCCAGCGAGACCAGCAGUAGCCCCCAAAGUACAGAGAGGGCCGAUUCGGACACCGAGAAGGAAAGCGGGAGGAGGAGGAGGAGGAGGAGGAGGAAGUUCCUAGCCGGUCCGAAGAAUCCGAGGGAACCCUUGAACAUGCCUGAGAAAGGAGUUAUAGGAAGAAGCCAUCAAAUGGCCUCCGGCUUGUCCAGGGAGCCAGCUAGCGCCCAGUCUGCCAAGAUUCUGUCCGUGGGUCUCAAAGCUUCUCAGAGGGGCAGCCCAAAUGUCUCCCCCCUCGAUUACACGAAGGAGGAGGAAGGGGUGCUACAGACCCACCGGAGGCUGCGUCACAGCAAAGUGGCCCUGGGCAAGAGCCCUGCCGUCUUCCUGGGCGCUGACGAUUCGGAACGAGGCAAGGAGCGGCCCAUCCAUGCCAGCAGCAAGCCAGAGGUCACCGCCCAAGAGCUUGAGCUGUGUGCCUUGGGUUUGAAUCCACGCUGGCGCCAGCUCACUGCCUACAACGGGGAGAGCUUGAAAUGCCAUGCAGACGAACUCCUUGGCCCUUUCCCCGUGAGUAACCUCAGCAUCCCCAGCCAUGAGAACUCCAGCUCUGAAAAAGCAUACCCCGAGGGCCUGAAGGAGCAGAAGGAGUGUGCCCCUCCAGUCGGCUGUUUUCAUGACAAUCCUGUUGGCUUGCCGAUUGCUGAGAAAAGACCCCAUGCUCUCGUCCACACCACUGACACGUUUUAUGACUGCAAAGAAUUAUCCGGGAGCUACGAGUCGCCACCAGGCCUCUUCUCGGGGCCUCCAGCCACUGAACCGCCCCACUGUGACAAUGUGUACUUGUGCCACGGGGACCCCGACGUCGGCUCGUUCAGAGAGAAGCACCCCGAGACCUCACCCUACGAAGCCAAUCCCGAACAAAGCAAGGUCACGUCGCCUCUUAGUUUUGAUUCGUCCUCCGUAUUCGGGGAGCUCCCAGUCGCUGAGUUUGAUGCUUCCUUGUAUGACACUGUGACGUCCAGCAAAGAGAGUUACAUCCCCUAUGCAUGCGCUGGGCAUCCGCUGGGCAAAAUGAUCCCUUUUGAGCAGCAUUAUCCUCCCUUCCUGCAGGAAAAGGACUGGAUGCUGAUGGAGGAAGUAUCGCCGGUUUUGCCCGAUGACGUGGCCCCGUUUCAUAGCCUCUCGGCUGAAAAGCCAUUAGCCAAGAGGUUUCCUGGUGAGAUCAACCCUCUGCCUUUGCCUCUGCCCGAAAGGGUGGCUGAUUACACCGUGCCUUUCAUGAACGGCAUAUCAGACGAUGAACUGGAGAUCAAAAGGCUCGUCACAGAACUGGAGAGUCAGUUGCAGACAAGCAAACUUAAUAUGGAGGCAUCGGAUGAACACCGAACCCCGAAACACCACUCCAGUGCAGAGAGGAAAGAAGCGUCUGGCCAGUUUUCACCCUUAACUCUGGACCAAGAGAGCAACGGGAAAGGCUUGUUCCUCAUGGAGCGGGAGUUUGAAAAUGCAGACUUCCUUUCCGCAAAGGCCUGCAUCUGUGAGAACGCUGAGAAUGAGAAAACGCUACUUCCAGCCUUAGAUGGGAGUCCCGGGGAGGCUUGGCCCUCUCCAGUGCCUUUCGGCCCAUUGCACUCCUCCAUGCUCACACCGUCUGCUGCAGACCUGAUUCUGGCAGGUCCUUACAGCUCUAAAGAGGCCCACGACAAACUUCGCGAAGAUCUGAAGGAUGUGGUCAUCUCUGGGGAAGACAGCCUCCAAGAGAUCAGGGAAGCGCCCGAGAGAAUAGUGCCAGAUUCUUGUCUUUCUGAUGUGUCUGACAACAUAGAGGUUCCAAGCUACAGAGAUCACUUGAUAAGGAGCCCCGAUCCAUUGGCAGCUGAGCUCAACAUCCAUGGCGCAUUGCCCCCCAGAGCGGAUGCUUUCCCAGAACUGCAGCAAGAGGCAAAAACCUUUGACGGCACCGCAGAGUUGGAACCAUACAGCCACCUGGUUCCGUGUCUGAAACCGGAAUUUGGGCUACAAAGUGUGGGAGCACAGCAGUCGGGAGGCAGUUUAGGUUCCAGCACCCAAAACAUCCGGGACCCAGAAGAGAGGCCCUUCCACAAGGCCAGCUCGCCUGAAACGUUAGAAAAUAUGACGCCCUUCCAAAUGGAAGAAGAUGGACCUGCACUUACAGAAAAGGCUGAGAAAACGGAAGGUGCACAGACUUCCCCCAAGGAGAUGGAUGAAGCUGUGGAGUAUGCAGCAGCUCCCCAGGAGAAGGCAGCGAACCCGCUCCAGCAGCUGCAGCUGUUCGUGGCCAGGACAGUCCGGAAUAACGAGGAGGACUUGCUGAUGCCCUGCUUCCCAGGUCUGCAUUCUGCCCCCCGCCUGCCCACAGAUGCCCAUGUUCAGCCCGGACAAGAAGAGCCGGCUACAGAGAGUCUGCAGAAUGGAGAUGUGGCCAAUAGCCCCAUGUUGGUGGAGAGGAGGGGAUCCAUGGGAGAAGAAUCGGAGAGCAUAGCUAAGGCCUCUGAGCCUGCCACGAUGUUUUUGGAGCCAGAGAAACAGGCAGAGCAUCUGGCUGGAAAGGUCUCCCUCACUAGGGACCCUUUGGUGCUUCAGGGCCCUGAACUGCAUCAUAAAGUUACAGAACAGCCACCCUUAAAGGACGGCUGUUCAGGAGCGAGAGAUAUUAAUCUGUGUGCAGAUGGUAUUUCCCUGGAGCACGGUAACCUCUCAGCACUCAGCAACUCAAUGGUAACCUCACUGCUAAGGGAGGAGGGAGCUCGAGGCGGCCAGGCUGCAAGAGAGGUGGAGGGAGAGCCGAAGGAAGCAACCUUGGCAUUUAGGAACGGCAGGAAAUCCCCGCUAAGCCCCAGCUCAUUGGAGGAGGAAAUGUCAAGCCAUAUUUUGCCAGCGAUGCUGGGAAUCCACGGCGCGGACAGCGCUUCUUGGGGCGAGGAUGGAGGAUUGUGUGUUGCCAGCAGCCGCCAGAUGGUCGGGCACGGGGGUCAGGUCAGACAGCCCCAGGGUCACCUGUCUCUGGCCCCCACCAGCCUUCCUGAGAAUCAACCUCAGGAUGAUUAUCUCCUGCCUCCAACAGGCUUCUGUUCAGCAACCCGUGCAGAUUUGGCUCGAGACCGUGGCUUGGAAAAGCAAGCAAGUCACCAAGGAGACGCUUCCCAGGACUGCUUCGCUCUGGAAGCCAACGCUGCUGAUCGGGAACGCGUGCUGGAGAUGGGCGUCAGAAACAGGGCACACUCGGACCAUGGAGCCCCACAGACUGAAGAGGCUCCUUGUCUGGCUGCCGCAGAGGGCCAGCCCGUUCCGGCCCGUGUGCACAGGUGCUCCUCUGAGGCUGAGAAAAUGCCUGCCGUGAGUCCCAUGCAGAGCCCUUCAGAGUCCAAGGAGUGGGAAGAACCGCUCACGUCCACUCCUGCCCUGCCGCACUGCAGGCCCGUAUCUCCUCCCCUGCCUUCAGAUGUGAUUGGAAGUGUGCAGCAGCAUUUUGCAGGAGAUGUAGCCAGUGACUUGGCCAAACCUCAGAAGGACGUUCCUGUGCAAUCUUCCUCUUCUCUGUGCUCUGCUGACCCAACAGUCGCUCUUGAGAAAGAGGAAGGACCCUUAAAAUUGCAAACCAACAACUGCCACUCCACUGGCAUGUUACCUUCAAAGAAGAAAGCUCUUUCUGGAGGGCUGCCUAGAAGUCUGGGUCACGAAGACAGCAAUACGCGCUCUGUGAAGGCUGCAGUCUCCAAUUCCCAACCAGCCUCUCGACAAGACACAUUGCUUGACCUUGCACCAUCUGGGACAGAUUCCUCUUCACUUACAGAUGCGAUUGCUGAUCAACAUGUGGAGUUAGCAUCCAAGCCCCCGGCAGGGAAGGAGGCUGGAAGCUGCUCCCAGAAAGAGAGUGACGACCAAAUGCAGCCAGAGAUUAUGGCAAAAGAGAUGCCAACUGCCAGCCUCACAGAAACAGCAGAUACUGGUGGGGAUUAUGUUGGCAUGGGGCAGUUUCUCGAGGCCGCAGAGACUGGGCCCAACUGCCCUCCUGAAGGGAGUGAUAAUAAUGUGGUAGAGAAUCAUGAGCAGAAUGAGGAUGUUGUAAGAUCUUUUAGCUGCAGGGGGCAAGGAGAGAACAAAGGCAGGGAUCGAAGAGAGGAUUCCAAAUCUGGGCUACUGCGAAAGAAGAAGGGAACGCUGUUGCAGGUCACCUGUGAUAUUUGCUCAGUUUCUUUUAGAUCCCAAACAGGGCUGAUGAGACACAAAGGUGUGAAGCAUCAGAAGAAGGACAGCCCUAUCCUUUUGGACUUGGAUUUUCCUCCAUUAGGAAAAGCACUCAAGGCCAACAAGCAAGUCGCUAGAAAAAACAGGAAGGUGUUCAUCAAAGAGAGAGAGUGCCGCUCCCAGGCUUCAAAAACAGCUGUGAGCCAGCCCUUCCCCAAACCCCACAAAAGCCAAAGGAAAGAGUCCAGCACAGAGAUCCAAGAAGUCAUUAGUAGGGUGCUCAGUGACCUCAGCAGGGUUCCCUUUGACAUAACAGGGACGCUUCAGAGCACAGAGAGUCUAAGCGACAAAACCAAAGCAAAGUCCAAGAGCUCACAGGCAGUGACGUUGGUUGAGUCGAGAGCCAGGUAUAGGAAAGAGCUGGCCAUUGCUGGGAAAGAUGGUGAGGCCAGCACUGUGGAGUCGGGCAGUUUUGCCAAGAAGAAGGUGAAGGGGAAAGUGAGGAGAGGGAAAGCCAAAGUGGUGCCCAAGCUAAACAAGACCCCCAGGUCUUCUCGUCUGGAGAAUAAGAGCCCUGAGAUUUGCUCCCAAGAGAUUCCCAGCUCCGCCAACCUCAUUCCGAGCACAGUCUCGAAAGAACGGAAACAGAGCCCUACCUCUGUGGAAAAGCAAGCAGAUGUGCAGCCACCUUCACGGCCUCCCCCUCUGGCAGCGAAGGAACUAGAAGAAAGAGCUGGAGGAACAUCUCCGGCUCAAGGGACAGCUGGAGAAGAGCCUCUUCAAGAUGUAGGGCGUCACGGAGAGCUGAUGGGAAAGCCUGGGCCAGAAGAAGAAACACUGCACACAAAGACUGUGAAAGAAGUUGAGGCAGGGCUGAGCAUCACUGGGGAAGAAGCGUGUGGUGGCCUAAGCGAGAAGGAAUCUGAGUCGCAAGAGAGUCCUUGGCAAGAGGCGAAUUGUGGAAAUCCAGACAGCCCAUUUAUCUGUACACCAAGCUCCAAGAGACUGCAGCCGCCCUGUGAUGCUGUGGCUGACCUAAAGCAUCUCCCAGAAGCCCCGUCUGGAAAAGCACCCGAUGAGUCCCCUUGUCCUGAUUCCAAGCCCUGGGAGACGGACGGGUUUCAGCCAAGGAAUGGUCCUUGCAGUGGCAGUGUAGACUUGCAGAGUUUGUUUGAUGACGACUCCACAUUUUCACAACUUUUCCCCAGGAACAACCAGUUUGCCCGGAGGAAGUGCACACGGGUGUACGGGAAGCGGACCAAGAAACCGAAGCCAGUCACAGAGGUGAACGCCAGGCCAGAAGGCGCCACGGAUCCCUUUACAGUCCGGAUGGCUUCGGACCUCGGGGAAACCAGCUCUUUCUGCGUCACCCGGGAGGACCCCUGUGAGUACGAGACCAUCUCCAUUGACGAUGCUUUGAUGCUCAACAUGUGUCACGGCAACAAAGCGUCAGGGAGCCACGCCAAUCCCAGCCCUGCUCACCACAUGCCUCUCCUGCCAGAUGCUAGAGAAACGGAAGAUGGUGUGGAGUCCAAAAGGAGCAAUGCCUUCCAAUUCCUGGGCCCCAAAGGCCAAAGAGAGGCCCUUCCACCCCUGAGCAACUGGGGGAGCCUUGAGAAAGCAGAAAAUGCCCCGACUGAUGGGACGCUGCUCAGCCUCUCUGUGGAACUUCUGAAUGGACAGUCGGCAAUGGAGGCCAGCCCAGAGCCUCCUGACCUGCAGGAAGAAGCCUACGGCCCCCGAACGGAUGACCACCCAGCCUCGCCCACAUUCCAGACCAUUGACAUGGAGAUGCUGAACACCAAGCUUGAGAUGCAGGACACACACUUCUACAGCGUUGGGGGAGAGCAUCUCAGCUGCGCCGACGAGUGUGCCUUCGGGUUCAAGCCUCUGUCGGCCUCACAGAGCAGAACUGGCAGAACUAAGGGAGAGGAAGGCAGGCAGGGGAAGCCGCGUGGAGACUUGACCCUCAAGGCGAAAGACAAGCAGUACAAGUGCAAAGUGUGCUUCCAGUGGUUCCUUACUCUCGGGGAACUCGACUUCCACAAGCUGACCCACAACCCUUCCCCUCCGCCGACAUGUUACAUGUGUGUCCAGAGGAAGUUCAGCUCCCGGGAACAGUUGAGGGACCAUUUGAAGGAGAAGCACGCCAGGAACAAAGCCGGGCUCUGGGCCUGCGGCAUGUGCCUGAAGGAGAUCUCGGACGUCUGGAUGUACAACGAGCACCUGAGGGAACACGCCACUCAGUUUGCCCGGAAGGGCCAGGCUCAGAAAUCCGUCUUGGGGCUGCCCGGUUGCUUCGGCGAAGAGGACGCGGCCGUCACGCAUUUCCUGAACUCCAUCAUGUGCCGGAAGCCCAGCAAGGCCUCCAAGCCCUCGGAAGCCGCCAGCAAAGUGCCGGCAUGCAAGGAGAGCAAAAGCCCCAAGGAGCCCGCCGGACAAGAAGCAAAGCCCGGCAAGGAGCCCUCGGAAAGCCCCGCCAGAAGCCAGCCGCCAGCCUCCUCCCCCAAGCCUGCCCCUAAGGUUGAAGGCCCUCAGAAGCUGGUCCCCAUGCACCCCGAAUGCAAAGACCCCUCGCGGGACUGCCACCACUGCGGGAAGCAGUUCCCCAAGCCCUUCAAGCUCCAGCGCCACCUGGUGGUGCACAGCCUGCAGAAGAUCUACCUGUGCCACAAGUGCCCGCUCUUCUACCAGGAGACCAAAGAGCUCCGGAGCCACAUCAGCCAGGAGCACGGGGCGGAGGAGGAGGCGGACGUCAAGCACACCACCCUCUACGCCUGUGAGCUCUGCGCGGACGUCAUGCACGUCAUCAAGAAGUCCUUCAUCUGCAGCACCUGCAACUACACCUUUUCCAAAAAGGAGCAGUACGACCGGCACAUGGAGAAGCACCUGGUGGGCAGCAGCAGGACCUUCCGCUUCCGCGGAGUGAUGCGGCCGGGCGUGCUCGCCAAGGAGGGAGACGGGAAGGUCCAGGGGGAGCUGCACCCAAGGGACGGCGUGCCCGCAGCCAAAAAGAAGAAGGUUGCCCACCACAACAACGUCCUUGCCCAGGACUCACCCAUGCCCCUGGGUUGUAGCCCUGCCCCACAACUCGGGGGUGAGGCUCUGCUGCCUCCAAGCCAGCCUCUGCCCGCAAUGUCUCCAUCCCAAGAUGCCGUGAAAGCAGAAGACCUGGUGGGAGAGAUCUCCAGCCUCUGGGCCGAAAUGGAGAAAUCUCCAUUUGACUAUUUGCCACCGCCAUCUCCUCAGGCACCAGAGCCCAGGCAUGAUGCAGCUUCACUCCCCCUGGGGCAACUGACGAAAGGAGAUCCCCUUGAUAAGAUCCCGCCUCCUUUCCUAGGCUGUCCUGAUGCAAUUAGCAUCGAUCUCGCUGGCUUAGCACAUGAACAACCUGCAGUGCCAAAACUGUCCCCACCGCCUCUCUCUGGAAAGCACAAGCAAGCAGAGGUUCCCAAAAGCAUUGCCUUUAGCAGCAGAGCCGAACACGCUACGGGGGCGUGGGACAGUCCACGGCUGCAAGAAGAUGCUGCAAGCAAGAUGCCGGAGCUUUCUGCCACAAAUGUGGAGGCCGCAGAGUGCAAAGGGCCGCCUAAGACACGGGGGAGGAGCAGUCCUGAUCGGAGUGAUACAGCUCCUCGGGAAAGUGCCACCCGGCCAAAUGUAGCUGAAGAUGCCUUCCACACAUUGCCUCUCAAGGACAAGGCAGCGUCACCUGCCCUCCACCCGUCGGCCAAAGAGGUCCCUUCAAGGAGGCUCACCAGUGGUCCAGCCCACUCCGAGAGUGUCCAUUGCUCCCUAGGCAAUACAGAGGAAGUUCAGAAGCCACCAUCCCUAAAAGACAAGGCCCUUCUGGAGAAAGGGGCUUCUGCCAAAGACAACUGUACUAAUGUUGGCAUCAAAGAGACAGGAAGCAACCCGCUCAAACCAGCAAGCGGCCAUCUUCGAAGUGAGACGGUCGGCACUCCGCCGAAACACAGCCCCUCUGACCUGAGCAAAUGCCAAGACAGACCCGUUGCUAAUGGGCUGCCCAAACUUCACCCCAAGAGGCGGAAAGAGCACAAGUCCUCCCACAAAGGAAGCUCGGCCUCCCGCGAGAACAUCGAGGGGGAUGGAGGCAAGAAGAAGAAGGUCCGAAUGCCAGAUGCCAUCAGGAGCGAGGGGGCUGGCAGGUUCAGAAGGGCCGAGUGGUCAAAUGGUGAGGCCUUCGCUCUCUUCCCCCGGAGGAGGGACACCCAGUGCAACAAACUGGCCCCCAAGCCCAAGGUGGCCACAACUGGUGGCCAACUUAAGAAGAUGGUCCUCGACCAGUGCUUUCAGAAGAAGGUGGAGAUCCGCCACCCUAACGGAGACUUGAAACGCAAGAAGGACAUUUUGGGGAGUAAGACAUUGCACCCCCUCUUUGCCAAAGACCCCCCCACCUCCCUGCCUGUGCCCAGCUCUUUAAACAGGCACAGAACUGUCCAAGGUGCUAAGCUGCCCGACUCUCACAAUUACAGGACGGCUGAAUCGCAGAACAAUCUCCUAAGCCAACUGUUUGGGCAGAAAUUAACUAGCUUUAAAAUUCCUUUAAGAAGAGAUACUUCUGAGUAAUUUAUGAAAGUGACUUAUGGUGAUCCUUCGCUGCUUUCAUGGGGUUUGCAAGGGAAAGAAAAAAAAAUUAUCAAAGCUUUAAAUUCGUUUGUGUAGCGUGAUUUCUCUGUCUAGCUUAAAUGAACUUGCACUGCAGCCUGUGAAAUAGUUUUGCUUUGUGUCUUAGUAAUCUACUUUAAUUCACCUGAUUUAUCAUGCAAAUGCCGGAACUUUGAUGUUGCUGAUGAUUUUCAUGAACUAAAACUGUAAUCGCUUUGGGCAGAGCGAGGCGUCAAGAGGAAAUGCUUUAUUGGAGAAGAGCUGAGGUUAUAAGGAUACUUGCAAAUCCCAGCCCCUUUUGAGACUCUGUCUCUGUUAUCUUUGUACAAAGUACUUGAAGAGAUGAACUUCAUUCCAGAGACGUCUUAUUCAUAAGGUGCAGUACACUGUAGAAAGCAAAUUUCCCCCCUCUCUCUCCUGAAGAUUUUGCACAAAUAAUCCCGAGUGAUUUCAUUUAAUUGGGAGCCAGCCUAAGACAUGAUACAAUAUUAUUAUUGUUUUUUUUUAAAAAAAAUAAAAUAAAUUAAAUUAAGAAUGAAGCGGGCCACGGUUUGACGGACGGCCAUUUGCUUCUAAGAAUGUGGGAUUCCGCAUGAACUGGUACAAUGGCCACGUGCAAAGUUGUAAGUUGCUGCCUUUUAGACCACUGUAGACAUGCUGAAAGAGGUUGGCUUUUGCAUGGUGGUGGUGGGGGAGAGAAAUGUCUGUGCCCACUCCAACCUAGCUAAACUGCACCUUGAAGUUUUGUGACAUAGUUUCUUUUUUUUUAAUUAUUAUUUUAAUUAUUAAUGGUUCCCCCCACCCCCACCCCAGUAAGAAAACUGUGCCAACUUCCAGCCAUCACUACCAACACCUCCCUCCCCUUCGUGCAGUACUGUCCUAAUGACCAGGAAGGGAUCAUUUCUAAACUUUUACUGUAUUGAGGUAGUUGUUGCUAGACUUGACAUGACCUUCACACUAUGCAGUUAACUGGUGCUAUUCUUAUUUUUGUAAUGUGAAUACAGACAGGAAAACAAACACACACACACACACACACACAAAAACAGAGGGGAAGGAGAAAACCUGUUAAAGGUUUUCUGAGUUGCCUGAAUAAACCUGUAACACAGAGAGCGCAGGGUGGUGUUAUCCCGAAUAUUCUCCUGCGAAAGGGGCACUCCACGAUGUAUUUGGCAAAGGUUACAUCUUGAGGCUUGAAUCUCAGGUGCAAAAGGGAACUCGGAGGACGAGCAGCUGGUAUUAGGGACCUCCAAGGCCGAGGAGGAUUGUGAGCGAUGCACUGAAGGGGUUGGGGAAGCUUUCAGAGUACAUGGUAUGUGUCUUGCGACUAUGUUUGUGUUGUCUAAGAUUUUUUUUUUAAGGAAUUAAAUGGCUUUAUCCUGUUAAUAUGUACCUUUUACAAUUCAAAAUAGUAGGUUAAUUAUACAUUGGGUACAAUGUGUUAUGUUAAAAGUUUUUAUUUUGAUAUUUGUCAGAGCGCAGAGAGAAAAGUGCAAAAAAAUAUGCCUUUUUGCUUUUUUAAAAUAAUGUUGUCAGGGUGCCGUUUGAGCACUUCUUUAAUAUUGUUGAAUAAAGUAUGAGACGAACAUCUGUGGAGGUACUGUAAAACGGGGCCUGGAUUUAUCCUCUCAAAUAUAGUCCAAUAUUUUCACAGAA